AGGCAGGGGGGAUAGGAUUAGCCCUGUGAGGGCAGGGUCUGCUGUCUGUGCCUAAGGCGUGUCCCUGCUGCUUGUGCUCCGGGUUGGUGGAGGGGAGGAAGCGGGAACACCAGUUAGGUGUCCAGUGGGUGAAAGAUAAUUGUGGCUUAGACUGUGAUGGCAAAGUGGAGGUGAAGAAAAGUUAGUGGGUCAAGAAAUAUGUUGGAGGUGGAAUUGACGGGACAGGAUUUGUGGACGGAGGGAUGGAGUUGUCUGGGAUGACUUUGUUGUUGAUUUGGGGGUUUAGACUUAAACAACCAGAUGUAUUAUGCUGGCACUUACUAAUGAUUUCGGGAUAGGUUGGAGGCAUGAAUUAAGAAAUCUGCUUGGAGCCAGCCCUCAUGGCCUAGUGGUUGAAGUUCAGCACGCUCCACUUUGGCAGCCAGUUGGGUCCCUGCACCCAACUGCACCACUCAUCUGUCAGUAGCCAUGCUGUGGCAGCGGCUCAUAUAGAAGAACUAGAAGGACCUACAACUAGAGUAUACAACUAUGUACUGGCCUUUGGGGAGGAAAAAACAAAAAGACAGGAAGGGUGGCAACAGAUGUUAGCUCAGAGCAAAUCUUUCCCAGCAAAAAAAAAAAGAAAUCCUGAAAGCUUUCUAUGCUUCUUAAAAGACUGCCUCGCUACUGUGACCCAACCAGAACUCAUCACUCUCUACAUUAAAAAAAAAAAAAGAAAUCUUGGGGCACUGAAAGUUUAGAUAUCAUGAGUGGAGCUACCAGAUAGGCAGUUAGAUGUGCUAAAUGGGAGCUCACAGAAGAGCUGAGGGCUCGUGGAAAGAAUUCAGAAAUCAUGGGCAUAUCAGUUGGAUGGGAUGAGAUUACUCAAGGUGAGGAUUAAGAUAGAGCUCGUGUGCUCCACCAUCUGCUCUUGUAGGGAGAAGCAGAGAGGACCAUUUAGGAGACUAAUGCAUCGUGUGGGGGAAGGAGGGCGGUGGCUCAGAUGGUGGUGGUGGAGGUGGCGAGAUGUGAUCAUAUUGGGGGUGAUUUUGAAAGUAGAGCUGACAGCCUUUGUUGAUUGAAUAUGGGCUGAGGGAGAGAGUGGAGUCAAGGAUGAGAACAGUGUUCUUGGCCUAAGCAACUAGGUGAAUGGUGUUGCCACUGGCUGAGGUGGGAAGAAGAGCAGGUUGGGAAGGGACAAGUUGGCAGUAGGGUAUUCUUCUGGGGUUCAUGGGGAGGUCUGAGGGAGAGAGGCACGUUAGGGAGGUGUCAGCUUAAUGGAGACAUUCCCAGGAAUGGGACCGCAUCAGGUCGCAUAGCAUAGUGGUUCUCAACCCAUUGGAUACAGCGUCCUCUUUUUAAUGACAAAUAUCUCAUUAACAAACCUCCCUUCCUAUCCUAAAAUGAGACUUAUGGUUAAUAAAUACUGCCUAUGUAUACUUUCUAAAAAAUUGACGAUGCCCUAACCAUUAAAUAAAAGAGAAAUAAAAGGAAAGUAAUUGACAAUAAAAUAAAAUGUGUUUCCGUAUGUAAGUUCCUGGGCACAAGGACACUGGGAGUCACAGUGAAGCAGUUGAUGCUUUCACCACUUUCCCCUGUAGAACCUCUGGAAAUGUGACAGCCGCAGUGCAGACUCCUGUAGCUCGAAAACCACGAGUGCCGUUGCUGUACAUAGAGUGGGUUUUCUAAACAGGGAACUCGUGGUACCCUUUUAUCAAAAACAGUCCAGUCCCCCCACCCCCCCGCCAGUGUAAAUGGUAAGUGUAUUCUUGGAAAUUUUAGUGCCUAGUAGAACAGUGGAAAAACUGUUCUGUUACAUGUAGAACAGUUGGGUUUUAGGUUCGGGUAAUUAUAAGCAGAUCUUUCACCUACAGGAAUGUCAAAGUCAUGCAGAGUGCCGAACAAUUUUUAGUUAUGUGGACUAUCUCCCUCAUAGUCUGCACUCACCAAAAGCUAGGAAUGUCUGCCCAAAACAGCACCACAGGUUCCCAGAGUUCCCCUGAAGAGAACCAUUGUCCUUGGGCAGAGUCUUUCGCUAGCUCACAGUUUGCCUUGGGGGAGGGGAAAUGAUAACCCAGAUUCCAGAGUAGAAAACUGAAGGUGAUUACUCCCUUCAGAAAGGACUGGGGGGCGGGGGGAGUAGGAGAAUGUCUGAUCAGAUAUUCUAGGAAGGCUUCAAGAAAGAGGUGGCAUUUCAGCAAGGUGGGAACGUUUCAAAGGAAGAGAUGGAGGAGGAAGGACAUGAGGAUGAAGCAGUAGGUGGAAUAACUGGACCCGGUCGGCUUGGUCUUCCUGGAGCCUGGCAUGCUCUGGGCAUUCAUUACAGUUGACUGAUUGAUAGGGAGGCAGGGAGCGGUUUAGUUUGGCAAGCCCCUGGGGAGGCCCCGGCUCUAUGGGAGUGGUUGUUAGAGGCUGCUGCGAGGUAGGUGUCAGUUUCGUGGUCCAUUUUUAACAUCUUAAAGAACAGAUCAGUCCCCUGAAAAUCACGUGCCCGCUGUCUUGCCUUGAGUCAUCAAACCACAUGGAGAACUUAAAUGUGCCGGGUGAGCGUAAGGCUAACAUGGACAUGGUGGACAUGUCCUCAGGGAGCACACAGCCUUCCAGGGGACACAGACCACUCAAAUCAUCACACCUGCACAAGUAGGGAGCCGUGAGAGCAGCCCGAAACCCAGGGGGACUCAUGGGGGGCCCCUGAGGAAGCGACAGCUGAGCUGAAGAUGAGUGGGAGCGAAGAGAGGCACGAGGGCGGGCAGAGCAUUCAGUUCCUUAGGUGGCGGGAAAGAGCCUAGGGUGUUUGGGGAAUUGAAAGGCGGCCGUGAGCCUCGGGCGGGCGUGGAGCUUCUUAGCCGCGGGAAGGGUUUCUGGUCUUCAUCAUAAGCGCACUGGAAAUCACCGAAGGGCUAGCAUCUGAGCUGACAUGAUCAGAUUUACACUUUUUAAAGGUCACUUUUGUGGCAAUUCAUGGAGAAGAGCUUGAGGCCUCGAGAGAAUGGACGUGCCCGGGAGCUCUGAGUGCCUGUGCUGGGUGUGGGCUCCUUCCUGGCGUCCUCUCUGCUCUGAUCUGCUCCCUGUGGAGUGAGGAUGGCAUGGGAUGGGGAUGGGUAGUCAGACAGCCCUCACUCUGCACGUGCCACCAGAGCUGCCUUUUUAUCCUUCCAGCCUUAGACCUGGGGACCUGUGAGCCCUGCCUCCAGUUACUAAUCAUGGAGAGGGUCGACUCGAGCCACCAGCCCCUUAGGUGAGGACUCCGCCUGGGGCUCUGUUGACCAUUCCGAAUCAUGGAGAAGAAGAGAACUGCUCUAGCCAGCAGGAGACGUUCUUGUUGAAAGGCCUGAGCCAGCUCAACCGGCUCUUCCUGUGGGCUGUCUUCGGGAGAGCGGCCUGCCCCCACUGACCCGGAGCUAGAAGUUGCAGCUUCCACUGAUGGGGAGGUGGGCCCUCGAAGUGGCCUUUGUGUGGAAGGCGAUGUUGACGCUGGGGCUGGUCCUCCUCUACUACUGCUUCUCCAUCGGCAUCACCUUCUACAACAAAUGGCUGACGAAGAGCUUCCACUUCCCCCUCUUCAUGACCAUGCUGCACCUAGCCGUGAUCUUCCUGUUCUCUGCCCUGUCCAGGGCCCUGGUGCAGUGCUCCAGCCACAGGGCCCGUGUGGUGCUGAGCUGGACUGACUACCUCAGAAGAGUGGCUCCGACAGCAUUGGCGACGGCGCUUGACGUGGGCUUGUCCAACUGGAGCUUCCUCUACAUCACCGUCUCACUGUACACAAUGACCAAAUCCUCAGCCGUCCUCUUCAUCUUGAUCUUCUCUCUGAUCUUCAAGCUGGAGGAGCUGCGAGCGGCGCUGGUCCUGGUGGUCCUUCUCAUCGCUGGGGGCCUCUUCAUGUUCACCUACAAGUCCACGCAGUUCAACGUGGAGGGCUUUGCCUUGGUGCUGGGGGCCUCGUUCAUCGGUGGCAUUCGCUGGACCCUCACCCAGAUGCUCCUGCAGAAAGCAGAACUUGGGCUCCAGAACCCCAUUGACACCAUGUUCCACCUGCAGCCACUCAUGUUUCUGGGGCUUUUCCCUCUCUUUGCCAUAUUUGAAGGUCUCCAUUUGUCCACAUCUGAGAAAAUCUUCCGUUUCCAGGACACAGGGCUGCUCCUGCGGGUACUUGGGAGCCUCUUCCUUGGCGGGAUUCUCGCCUUUGGUCUGGGCUUCUCUGAGUUCCUCCUGGUCUCCAGAACUUCCAGCCUCACUCUCUCCAUUGCUGGCAUUUUUAAGGAAGUCUGCACUUUGCUGUUGGCGGCGCAUCUGCUGGGUGAUCAGAUCAGCCUCCUGAACUGGCUGGGCUUCGCCCUCUGCCUUUCGGGAAUAUCCCUGCACGUCGCCCUCAAAGCUCUGCACUCCCGAGGUGAUGGCAGCCCUAAACCUUUGAAGGGGCUGGGCUCCAACCCUGACCUGGAGCUGCUGCUCCGGAGCAGCCAGCCAGGGGAGGAUGAAUAUGAGGAGGAGGAGGAGUACUUUGUGGCCCAGAGGCAGCAGUGACCAGCCAGGGGACCAGCGUGGAAGCAGGCCACUCCGGGGUGCUCACAGCCAACGGCAGCUUGGGGCCCCAGGUGGCUCCUCACAGCAGCCGGAGAAGCGGUGGACUGGAGACUCGCAGGCUGGGCCUCAGAUGGCACCUGACCACGUGCUGGGGCUGGGUCAGGGAGUUGGUGAGGCAGAGGUGAGCACGGGGCCAGCCGGGGACCUGGCCGGACUGGGGCCCAAGCUGUGCUGGGGUCGCAGCGGGAGAAGGGAGGGGCUGUUUUUCUCGACUGCCUGCCAGGCUCUGAUAGCCAAGCCUGUGCUUUCAGAGGCAAACAGGUUUCUAAGGGGACUGCCUUUGGACUGCAGAGCGGUUCGGAAGGGGAGCUGGAGAGGCUGGGGCCUCAUCACCUGGAGAGCAGCUUUUCUCAGCAGAUCUAUUUAUAGUUUGGAAAUAAAGGGUUUACGGUCCACUGGCCA